CUGGUUAACAGCCAGAGCCAACAAUUGUGGAGAAGUCUCCGAUCCGCUGGGCUCAUAAAAUGGGUUCGCCGCGAUGAUGGGAGCAGCAGUUUGGGGCAAGUUUUCAAGCGGUCAACAUGAAGUCGAUUAUUAUUCUUUUAGCCUUAGUGGCUUUCUGCCAAGCGGCGCCUUUGGAGGUCAAGGAGUCGUCCUCGGAAGCUCUCUCCAGACCCAGUCCCAUUAGUCCCGAUGUGAUCAGUGAUCCCAAGCCCCCGGCAAAGGUCGUCCUGCUGAAGGAUACUGCCGUCCUGAAUCGCGAGAAACGUGACGAGGCCAAGAAACCCGACAAUGAAAAGGCCCCCGAAUCCCUCCAGCACAAUGCUCCUGCUCCAAGCCCCUUUCUCGUGGCUCACCACGAGGAUGCCCACAAGCACAAGCGGGAAGCUCACCACGAGGAGGGUCACAAGGAGGAGCCCCAAAAGGAGGAGGUAAAGGAUGCUCCCGAGGUUCCCGAACCCAAGAAGGAGAAGCGAGAGGCUCACCAUGAGGAGGGUCACAAGGAGGAGCCCCAGAAGGAGGAGGUGAAGGAUGCCCCCGAGGUUCCCGAACCCAAGAAGGAGAAGCGAGAGGCUCACCAUGAGGAGGGUCACAAGGAGGAGCCCCAGAAGGAGGAGGUGAAGGAUGCCCCCGAGGUUCCCGAACCCAAGAAGGAGAAGCGGGAGGCUCACCACGAGGAGGGUCACAAGGACGAUGAUAAGCCUCAGGUGGAGGAUCUUUCACUGCCCCAUGCUCUACCUACAGAUGCUCAUACCGCGGAGUUGCCCAAAAAGCAGGAGAAACGCGAGACUGUUGAAAAACCCGACAGCGUGAAGGCCCGCGAGUCCAUCCAACACAAGCCCCAGCACUCCGAGGAUCUCACCAAGGCUAUCGAAUCUCUGACCGGAGGAAAAGCCCCGGAGCAGCGUCAUCAGCGCGAUAUCCCCGUGCCCACUCAAACCAAAGCCACCGCCGCACCUGCAGAAACCACAAAAUCGGAGGCCGGAAGCACCACGCCCUCCACCCACCAUCUGAAUAUUCCCCAUCCCAUUCCGGUUGCUGAGCUCUUCGAGAAGAACAAGAAGUCAUCUUCCAGCUCCGAGGAAAGCAAGGAGAGCAAGGAGAAAGUCAAGGCCUAAACAUUAAGAUCCUAAACUUGCUAAUUGAACCAUCACGAGAUUGUAGUCAACGAAAAUGAACUAAAAUAAACAAAAAUAUUUACAUGCUUAUAUAAAAA